AUGCGCACGCUGCUUGGGAAUUUUCCAACAAAGGAGAGUGCAGUCUCUUCUCGGAUGCUUCCACCAAAAGCAAGCAGUGCCUCCAGAUUGUUACCGUGCCUACAUUACAUAAUAAUGCAAAUUCAGAUUUUUUGGAAUUUCCAGACACUCGGCAAUUCUAGGGGCCAGAGAAUGGUGGAUCCCGUGGUAAUGUAUCAGAACCACGUUUCACCAACUAAAACUCACGUUGUGAAUCUGCGAGAUAAGCAAAUCGUUUUCCCGGAAGAUGAUGAUUCUGAUAUAAUAAUUGUCAACGAAGAUUAUAACAGGAAUACGAUUGAAGAAGAAAGAGUUGAAAGCCUAAAAGAAGAUCUAUAUCACUUGGUUGAUACAACUGCGUCAUAUACCGAAAUUGCAACAAAAGUUCCAAACGAUGCCAAAGAAUACACAUGGAGGACAACAGACUGGUCUAUGUGCAGUGCCCCAUGUGGACAAAAAGGUCAUCAAGUGAGAGGAGCAGUUUGUCAGCAUAAGAAAAACAACAACACAACCACAGUAGAGGCUGAAGAAUGCUUAAGCAGGGGAGUGACUCCACCGAAUGUGCUUCGCGAAUGUUCAGGCGUUAACUGCGCCACCUGGCGGACUACGACAUGGUUCCCACCUCGAUGUCUUGCGAGUGGAGCUGCGGUACUCCGUCGACGUGUAGAAUGUGUAAGCGAAAACGGCACCGCCUUAUCGGACUCCUCGUGCUCCUAUAGCACGCAGCCAGAGAAAAUCCAGCGAGAGCCUCAUCCCUGCAAACCAGCAUGGGCUGUAGGCCCUUGGAGUAAGUGUAUAGGCACGUGUGGGAGUACCGGUCGUCAGCACAGGGUGCUCCGUUGCGUGUGGCGCGUGGGCGGCCCACGUACUGAGAAGGCGAGGCGGAGGCGAGAACGGAGCGCCGGUGCCGCCUGCGAAGGCAUGCGUCGCCCUAAUGUUUCCAGGGCUUGUGAAGUAUCUCCUUGUGCUAUAGAUGGAGUCUGCAGAGAUACGUCCAGAUAUUGCGAAAAUGUACGAGCUAUGAACAUGUGCGCCUUAAGACGGUACAAAGAACAGUGCUGCAAAACUUGUGACAAUUAA